AUGGCCCAGCCGGACAGCGAGCGGGGGCUGCAGGCAGUGUCCCCAGAGCUGGACUGCACCAUUUGCUACAGCCGCUACGAUGCCCGCGCCCGCAGACCCAAACUGCUCCGUUGUGGCCAUCGCCUCUGCACCAGGUGCCUGCACAAGAUGGUGGCACUGGGGGACACGUCGCCCCACCAGCUCCGCUGCCCCUUCUGCCGUCAGCACAGCUCGGUGCCCGGUGGGGACGUGCAGCGGCUGCAGGACGAUGGUGAGGCGCUGGCACUGCUGACCGGCAGUGAAAGGCCCAAGAAGCAAGGUCCCUCCCGGUCCCCUGAGGUCCUGCUCUGCCCCAGUGUGCUGGAGCCUGCACCCGGCCCUGAUUGCGUGGUCGUCACCAUCCUGGAGGUGCCAGAGGAUGUGGCCCUGCCAGAGAGCUUGAACGGGAUGGAAGUGGUGCGGCUGUACCGCCCUGACAGUCUGACCGUGCUGCCCUGCCAUGGCCCCGGGCAGAAGUGCCGCUCCUGGGGGUGGCAAGCAGUCCCGCACUUCAUCCUGGGCGUGCUCUGCCUCCUCUACUUCAGCUCCCUGCCCUUUGGCAUCUACCUCCUCCUCAUCGAGCACCACAGCCUGGGCAUUGUCCUGGUCAGCCUCGUGCCCGCCACCCUCCUCCUCUGCAUCGUCUACAGCCUCUGUCAGUGCCUGUGCCGGGAGGUCUUUGGGUUCCCCCACUCCUGA